AUGAGCACAAAUAUCGUUUACAGCUCGCUGUCAUGUAAUACUCCUUACCGGAACAAGGAAACACAUCAAUAAAUUUUGCAGUAUAUAGAAUAAUAAUAAUAAUUAGACGUAAGUCAUAACAUCAAUAUAAAUUUAAAACAAGCUCUGAGUUUGAUUCAGAACAUAACAAAUUGUAAUUUUCAACCCCAAAUAAUUAAGAUGGGCUAAAAAACAUAAUGUUUGGAAAUGAUAUUUAUAAAGUAAAUAUAUAGAAUUAUUUUUAAGAAACCCUUUAAACCAUUCGAUUUUUAGGCUAAAGCAAAUAUAUUAUUUCAUCAAUUGAAAAGAUAAUCUGCUAAUGAAAUUUAAGCACAAUAGUAACCUUUGUCAGAAAAUAGAGUAUAAACUGGUGGCGCAAGAACCCAUCGAAUCCGACCGCUUCAAGUAAGUCUUACAUAUCAUUAUUUAGAAUUUGAAACUUCAUAAUUAGGAAAAAACACCUGGAGAGGAAGAAGUAAAAGUUGAUGAAAUUCAAGACUCAUAAAUAGAUGUCCAAAAUCAAUUAUCACAAUUAGGAAAUAGUGUUAUUCUAGCUAAUCAAAUAAUGUAGAAGGAUGAUGAUAUCAAAUAAUUAAAUGAAAUCAUCAAAAUACAAGAAGUUUAGAGGGAUGAACUGAAAGAAUAAAUUGAAGAGCAGAAAAAGCAUAUUAAAAUUUUGAAUGAAAACGUUCAAAAAGAAAAAGCAGUUGCUUUAAAUCAGAUUGGUGUUCUAAAUUAAAAUAAUUAAAAACAAGAAACUUAAUUGAAAGAUUAAAAGUUACAAAUUGAAAAGUAAAAUUAUAACCUUUAAUAAUUAAAUGAAAAUAUCUCACUAGCAAAUUAAGAAAUAACAGAUAAAAAUGAUGAAAUAGAAAAAUUAAAAUAAGAAUUAGAAUCUAAAAAUAACAAUUUAUAGAUUACUAAUGAAGAAAUCGAGUAAGCUAAAGCCAGCUUAUUUUAAUAAAAUUAAGAGAAUGAAGAAUUAAAGGAGGAGCUAAGAAAGUUAAAUUAUGAAAAAGAUAAUUAAAAUCAGAUCAUAUAAGAGUUAUAAUCACAGAAUGAAAUUUAAAGUUACAUAAAUCUAGAAAAAGAUCAGAUUAUUAUUGAUCUUAAAAAGGAAUUAGAGAAGAUAUAAAUUAAUUUUCAAUAAUAGAAUUAGUAAAUCUAAGAAUUAACUCAAAAUUAUAAUUAAUUAGUUUAAAAUUAUGAUAUAUCAAAGUAGAAAAUAGCGUAAUAAGAUAAAGAAUUUAAAACAUAACAAAAUAAAUUGAUUGAAAUAGAAAUGGAAUUAGAUAUCCUAAAAUUUUUGGAUACGAAUAUAACUUUAGAUGUCAAAAGUUAUAGUACAAAUCUAAGUUCAAAGUUCUAGAUGUAAUUAAAGGAUAGUAUAUUUGACCUUUAUAUUCUGGCACUUUAACAAGGAAUUCAGUAUUAAAUUAUUUAUAUCUUAGCAAAGGAUCACCUUAAGAUUGUUGUUUACUUGUGCCAUCUAAAAAUUUAAGAUUUGCUUUAUCUGAAUGGAAUAAAAAAUUAUAAGAAAUUUUUAUACCAAAUGAUUACAAUAACAAGACAAUAUAAGUAGAAUUUAGUUAUUCUAGAUGA